AUCGUGGGCAGCCGGGGUCUAGGCACCAUGGUGGCUGGCGGCCUGCGGGCGGCGCUGUGGCCCGUCGGGCGGCCCCACAGAGCCGCCCUAGCCUCCCGCCUUCCCCAAGCCAACGUCUCCGCCGGCGGUUCCGCGGCGCCGCCAUGGCCGACGUGGAAGACGGAGAGGAAACCUGCACCCUGGCCUCUCACUCCGGGAGCUCAGGCUCCAAGUCGGGAGGCGACAAGAUGUUCUCCCUCAAGAAGUGGAACGCGGUGGCCAUGUGGAGCUGGGACGUGGAGUGCGAUACGUGCGCCAUCUGCAGGGUCCAGGUGAUGGAUGCCUGUCUUAGAUGUCAAGCUGAAAACAAACAAGAGGACUGUGUUGUGGUCUGGGGAGAAUGUAAUCAUUCCUUCCACAACUGCUGCAUGUCCCUGUGGGUGAAACAGAACAAUCGCUGCCCUCUCUGCCAGCAGGACUGGGUGGUCCAAAGAAUUGGCAAAUGAGAGUGGUUAGAAGGCUUAGUGCAGUUGUUCAGAGCCCUGGUGGAUCUUGUAAUCCAGUGCCCUACAAAAGCUAGAACACUCCAGGGGAUGAAUUCUUCAAAUAGGAACCGAUGGAUCUGUGGUCCUUUGGGACUCAUCAAAGCCUUGGUUUAGCAUUUUGUCAGUUUUAUCUUCAGAAAUUCUCUGCGAUUAAGAAAAUUUAUUAAAGAUGGUCCUUCCUACCUCUGUGGUGUGUGUCGCGCACACAGCUUAGAAGUGCUAUAAAAAAGGAAAAAGCUCCAAACUGAAUCACCUUUAUAAUUUACCCAUUUCUAUACAGCAGGCAGCGGAAGCAGUUUCAGAGAACUUUUUGCAUGCUUACGGUUGAUCAGUUAAAAAAGAAUGUUACAGUAACAAAUAAAGUACAGUUUAAAACCCAACUCUUACUCUUAAUUUGUUCCUAAUAUGUAUUUUUGGCAGGGAGAGGGAGCGGUCCAUGAGAUCUUUAUGUGAUACGAGGAUUUUAAGUUUGGGCCAGUGAACAGGGUAAAUAAAAUUUAACUUUUGGGCAUAUGGAAUUUUGAUUGCCUUUAAAGUUACUAUUCUCUAUCAUUGAUUCAUCAAGAAAACCUAGAUCUGCACUCACCUCACUGUUCAAUCAUUGAGUAGUAAAGGACAGAAGUAUUUUCUAGUUCUGGUCAGAUGAUGUAAUUUUUUUUUUUUUUUUUUAAGGUGAAGUCUUGUUCUGCUACCCAGGCUGGAGUGCAGUGGCAUGAUGUCAGCUCACUGCAACCUCCGCCUCCCAGGUUCAAGUGAUUCUCCUGCCUCAGCCUCCCAAGUAGCUGGGAUUACAGGCGUGUGCCACCACACCCGGCUAAUUUUUGUAUUUUUAGUAGAGACGGGAUCUCCCCACGUUGGCCAGGCUGGUCUCGAACGCCUGACCUCAGGUGAUUCGCCUGGCCUCCCAAAGUGCUGGGAUUACAGGUGUGGGCCACUGUGCCCGGCCCAGAUGAUAUAAUUUAACUGUGUUUUAGGUAACAUGUUAAUGAGGGAAAAUGUUUACCAGUGUAGCAUUGGAUUAAAAAGUUUAUCACACAAUGUUUUAAUAAAUGGUUUAUUCUGCUUACCUUAUUUGAACUGUCAUUAUAAUUUUAUGUGCAACCGUAAACUUAAUAAACUAAUUUGUCAAGUAAA